CAGAGCCCGCGGCGAGGCGGCGGAGGCGGCAGGAGCUGCGCAGCGGCGGCAGCAGCGGCACAGGGGCCAGAGCGGCUCCGAUCCGCAGUCCGGACAAGAUGUGGCGGCGCUGGGAAGCAGGAUGGGACGAGAAGAGGGAGCUGCAGGAGCUCAAUUCCCGGCUGCGGGUCUUCGUGUCCCGAGUGAGGGAACUGGAGGAGGAGAACCGCUUUCUGGCGCGGGAGCUGGCGGAGCUGCGGGAGCAGGAGUUGAUCGGGCUGCGUGUGCCCGAGCAGGAGCUGGCCUGGCUGCGCAUGCAACUGGAGGAGCUGAGCCAGGCGAAGCUGGAAGCGGAGCUGGAGCGGGACGGGCUGCGGCGGGAGCUGGAGCAGCUACAGCUGCUGGGCGCCGAGGUGCUGGCGAUGCGCCGCCGCCUGGAGCCGGAGCUGGCCGGGCAGCGGCAACUGCUGCAGCGGCUGCAGGGCGAGUGCGUGGCGCUGGAGGAGCUGCUGCUGCAGAUGCAGGACGAGCACGGGCACCUGGCGGAGCGGCAGCGGCGGGAGGCGGUGGAGAUACGAGAGCUGCGGAUGGACCUGGCCGCCUUGCCGCCCCCCUUGUCCGCCCUGAGCCUGGAGGAGCUGGAGGAGACCUACGAGAUGCUGCUUAGCCAGAGCUGCCAGGAGACUCUGCUGCGCUAUCAGGAGCAGAUCCAGAGGCUGCAAGAGCAGGAGGCGCAGCGGAGCCGAGAGAACCUGGAGCUCCUGCGGGAGGAGAGCCGGCAGUGCCGCCAACACCUGGAGGACCUCCACCGCCAGGGCCAGGAGCUGUGCGGGCUCCGGGAGCGGCUGGAGCAGGAGCUGCUCGCCAUGCAGGACCGCCACGGCGCCGAGGUGGACGAGUACCAGCGGAUAAUCGAUGCUCUAGAAGAAGAAAAGCAGUUCCUGACCAUGUCAAUCACAGAUUACCUGAAGGACUAUCAAGAACUGCUGCAGGUGAAAGCAGGUCUCAUCCUUGAAAUUGAAACUUACAGGGCUUUGUUGGAAGGGGAAAGCAACCAGUGGAUUAUUACAUGGAGAGAUCAGCUUAUAGGGAAAUUGCCUCAAGAUAUUAUAAACUCUUCAUAUAAGUACACUGAUACGUACUCUACUUAUCAAGAAAGAAGUCAAAAUAAAACUUCACCAGCUAUCAGGAUCACUGAUACAAGGCACAGAAUACCUGCGGCAAACAUAGGCGGUUCUGCACGCUAUUCAGCUCAAUCAACACAGAUUGGAUCACAGAGAGCAGUGAGUGGGGAAGACUUUGGAAAAGAUUUACUAGGUUCAAUAUAUCGCCCUUCAUCAACCAUUAGAAAGGAUGAAAGGAUUGUGACAGACCACAAAGAAUUAAGAACAUAUACUCCAGGCUACAGUAGCUGGAAAAACACUGAAACGCAGCAAAAGACAAUCCCAGAAAGAAAGAAAACAGAAGUUACAUCGUCAUCUACAGUAUCUUUUUCAAAACAGUCAACACAUGCUGAAAGAUCAGACAAGGACAUCAAAGCUGACACAAAACCUAGGAUUUCUGAAAAUCUAAGAACAAAACCAAACUUCUCUAAAUUUCCAACUUAUGAGCUAAACACCAAUUCAAAACCAUCUGUAUAUGAAGAAACCGUAACUGAAACCCAGACCACAGUAAAAGAAAAAAGAGGAGGCAGCAAACCAGCUGAAGAAAGCAUAUCACUGACUAAAGAAAAAGAUAAGCUAGAGAGACAAACAAAGGAGGAGAAAAGAAAGAUAGAUGAGAAGACUGUUGUAGAUGAAAGAAGUGUUAAUUUUGGAAGGCAGAGUGAUGCAAAAAUGGGAAUAGAGCAGAAAAAAUAUGUUCGGGAGGAAGUCAUUAACCAGAAAGUAGCAGGGAGUGAAAUUUCAAGAACUUUGAAGAAUGAAUCAAGCAAAAAAGAUACAGAUGUAUCCUUCAAAUCCAAAAGCAGCGAAGUCAUUGAGAUACCCAUCAGUCUUGAAAGACCUGCUCCUGAUGAAGUAUCUCAGAAGAAUAACACAGAUAUAAGUUCCCAAGAUUUUAAAACUUCCAUCGGAAGAGAGACAGGAGACAGAGAAACUAAGCCUGCUGAAAUUCACAAAGUCAGUGUUUCAGAAUCUAACCUGAGAGAUGAAGAGAGAACUAGUGACAGAAGUCAUAAAAUGGAGACUCUGUCAACUGAAAAUAUAGCAGAGAACAUUGUUGCUGACAUUCUUAAAAGUUUUACACAGUCUUCUAGUUCAGAAGUAUCAACAGACACAAAAGUAACCUCUUUCAGUAAGCAAAAGCAAGGUGAUGAUGGGAAAAUAAAGACAGAGAUGACAGUGCAGUCUCGAGUACAAGAAAACAUAGAUGUUUCUGCUGAAGCUGGCCGAGGAAGUCUUUCAAAUCAGGAUGUUAGAAAAGUGUUAGAGAGUGCUGAGGGAACUCCUUCCAAACAGGAGAUAGAAGAUAUAGUACAUCAUGGCCUGAAAGGAAGUGGGGAUGCAAAGAAUAUGUCCGUUAAUGUUGAGAUUGUGGAGGAAACAGUGGAUUAUGCCACUGAUGAAAGGACUGAUUUUUCAACACCUUUUGAAGUGGAGGAAGUGGAAGACACAUUCCCUGAAAAAGAGAAGCGUUAUGGUGAUGAGGAGCAAGACAUAACACUUACAUAUGAAGAUCUUAAAAAGAGGAAACAACGCCAUGAAAGCUUCACUCACGUGGAGGAAGUGACUGAGGAAGAUGACUCACCUAUCGAACAAAAAUACUUUGUGUCUGUUCCUGAUGAUCAUCCUAUUAUUAAUGAAAAAGAUGAUGACUCAGUGUAUGGGCAAAUUCACAUAGAAGAAGAAUCAACUAUUAAGUAUUCUUGGCAGGAUGAAUUUUUGCAAGGAACACAAAGUAAGAGAGAUGAAGGUGUAAGCUCUCCAGAGGAAACGUACAGAGUGGUAGGGGAGGAAGCAACUGCCCACAUAUUAAAAGAAGAGCAUCCCAAAGCUGGAACAUCCCAUGUUGAAUCUGUUGUCAUUGAAAAAGAAAUUAAGAUACCCCAAGAAUUUCAGGCUUCAAUAAAGGGGCUUUUAUCAAAGGAAACCAAGGACCCCAAGCAACAACUGAAGGAAGCUUUAGAACAGUUGGAAGGCAGUCUCCCAGAAAGUGUAAAAGAGGAACUGUCUGCGUUAACAAAAGAAAGUCAGGCUGACUCCAGUAACUUGGAAUUUGAUAUCAAAAAAGUUCAUCAAACAGAGGAGGGAGGCUUGCUGACAAUUGUUGCUGAAGUCAAUCUAUCUCAGACCCUUAAUGCUGAUGAGUUCAACGUAGCUGAGCUCAGUGAAGUAAUUGCAGGUGAGAAGAAGACAUCAUCACACUCCUUGAAGAGAGAUAAGUUGGAGAGAGUUGAUGGUAAAAUCAGUACAGAAACAGAUGUUUCUGCACACAGUGAUAUAUACACUCCUGUGGCUAAUCAAGAAGUCUACAGGUCAUCCACAGUCAGGAAGAGUGGUAGCACAGGAUAUCAUACCACUGAAAAAGUCAUUUAUGAUGGUUCAGUUUUGGAAACUGCACAUUUUGGAGAGGACUCUCACUCACCUGAAUCAACUGAUGAGAGUAAAUCUGUAAGACAUAUUCGGGUUGGUCCAACAGAAGUCCAGAGGUUUGAGCAGAUUGUAUAUGAAGGGCCUGGCUCUGAAAUGCUCAGUGCCACAGAAGAUGUUGUUCAGACAGAGGGCUCGUCACAGAUGAGCCAUUCUGUGAAGCAUUUUAAACUGGGUCCUAAAGAAAUCCAAACAACAGAAGAAGUAAUUUAUAGAGGCCCCGUUACGACAACUGUAGAAGAGAUGGAUUCUGGAAAUCUUUCCCAGCAGACCUUUUCAUCAGAUAUCAGCAGGUCCACGAGGCAUGUUACAGUAGGAUCAAGGCAAGUAAUUGAAGAAGUGUCUUUUGAAGGGCCAGGCUCAGAUUCUCUGGAGCUCAGCAGCUCAGGGAAUCUCUCUCAGACAGACGGGUCUGUGGAUGUCAGCAGAUCAGUAAGGCAGUUUAGAUUACACCCAAAAGAGAUUCACUCUGAGCAAGUUAUCUUUGAAGGACCCAUCUCUGGUAAAGUAGAGAUCAGCGAUUCUAGAGACUUUUCACAGACGGAAAGUUCAGUAAGACACAUUCAGUUAGGUCCUAAGGAGUUUAUGACAGCUGAAAAAGUCAUCUACCAGGGCCCCAUCACUGAGCAUAUUGAAAUCAGCGAAGUGGGAGACCAGACCCAUUCAGAAAGCUCAGUAAGGCAUUUUAGGCUAGGCCAAACAGGAGUUAAAACAACUGAGAGAAUCAUAUAUCAAGGCUCCCUUUCUGAAACUCCAGAGCUCAUGAACAAGGGACAUCUUUUAGAGAAUGAAGGAAGCUCAGAUAUCAGUACAUCUUUCAGGCAUGUUAGAAUAACUCCUGUAGAAACUCAAAGUGAACAAAUCAUCUUUACAAGACCCAUUUCUGAAACACUAGAAGAUCAUUCACAAACACGAGAGUCGUCUGAGAGCAGCAGCUCCAUGAAGCAUGUUAAAGUAGGAUCCAGUGAGAAGUCUUUCACUUUCCAAAUGGAUGUUUCCAAUGCAGGUGGAGUAUCCAUGGCAGAAAGUGAAGAACAAGCAACAAUGCUCAUACCGAAUAAACAAGACCCUUCUGUUAAUCAGUCACAGUUUAGAGUUGAAAGUGACCACAGUGGGGACAGUGAAAAUAAAGGAAGUUAUAUUCACUCCAGUUUUUCCCAAGAUCAUGUUGAAAACAUAGCGGAGAAGUCAGGUUUUGAUAAAACUGUUCAAUUGCAAAGGAUGGUAGACCAAAGGUCAGUUAUUUCUGAUGAAAAGAAAGUUGCACUUCUCUACCUGGACCAUGAGGAGGAAGAUGAUGAAGAGAAUGAUGGACAGUGGUUCUAAAAGGACACCUUAAUGAAGUCUACUUGGUAAUUUGUUUAUGCAGGUUCUUGAUUAUCCUGUAUUGGUUUUUUUUUGUUUAGUUUUUUUUUGUUUGUUUUUUUUGAGAGAGAGAAACUGAGAAGAAUUGAAACCUUCUACCUAUUCAGUACACUUUUUACUUGAUUUGAAAUCGUAUUUCUGGGAGAAAUCAUGCUAUUAAUAUGUUUUUUUCCUCAGAGACCUGUUUCCAGUAACUUCAGAUUCUUCCGCCUAUAGAGACAGAAAUUUGCUACUGGCUAAUUCAGAGGAUUGUAGGUUUUUUCGUCUGUUUCAUAGCAUCUUAUUAACAAGUGUGUAUUUGAAUAGGAUUUUUCCAUUUUUAAAAAAUACUGUAUUGUACUUGGUUACUAAAAUAUUCAUCAAUUCUCUUCAAAGCUACUAACCAGAAAUGUUAGCGGUCAUAAGACUAAUGAGAGUGGUAGGUAGCUGAUUUUCUGUUCCAUUUCUGUGUAUUUAUAUGCAAUACCUAAUGAAAAUAUUUUAAGGAAUGAUACAGUUAUUACAGCUAUAAAAACUGCAAUACAAUUCCUUAGGAUUUAAAAACGCACGGCAACAGUAGAGAAAAAUACUAUUAUCUGUAUAGUUAGAAUGCAGUGCAAAGAUUAAAAAAAAAAAAAAAAGAGGUACCACUGAAGCAGAAUUUUCUUGCAGUAUUCAUAGUGAGAAAUUGCAGAGUAGUACAUUUAAAAAAGAAUAAAAUUAAAAAGUAGAUGGUACUUCCACCAGAGUAAGGAGGAGAACUCUACAGCUUCAGUGUGUAUGCACAGUAACAGCAGCAAGUUAUUUUGCAGUAUAUUGCUUACCUGGACACUAGGUGUUGCUAACGGUAAGUGUGAAGUGUUGGACAUCACAUAAUAGCUUCUUUGCACAGUGGAAUUAGCUAAUACUAGCUAUGAUCUGAAGAAAAUACGUAAAAAUGAUAUAGAUUAUGUCUGUGAUCAUUUUGUGUCAGAUAAUUUCCAGCGAAUUCUUGCCUUGUUUACAAAUGAGAAGAUGCUCUUUCUGAUCACUAGAACUGCAAACCCAACCAGAGAUUUUAAUUUUCCCUUGUAUUUCUUUUCUCUGGUUAUAAAACUUCUCUGGCCAAAGUUGGUUUCUGCCUAAACCCAUUUUGAACCAUUUUCACUUGACUGCACUUUGAAGGACGUAAAUCAGCUUUACAAUAAAAAUUCAGUCACUUCAAAGUCCAGGUCAGAAAUCAGAACCAGUUACUGUACUACACUGUGCAGUACUGGUAGAAACAAAAAUAGCAGCUGAAAGGUUUUUUUCACUGGGAUAAGAAGAUAUGAAACUGAACACAUACAAGAAUAAAAAAAACAGACGAGAAGCUGCUAUAUUCACACGCACGCACACACAUGCAUAUCACUCACUCACUCACUCACUCUCCUGUACUUUCUCUGCAGAGUAGAAACACACCUGUGUCUGGAUGGCUAUCAUGUGCCAGGCUGGUAGUCUGUGACACAGAAUUAUUUUCCUGUGGUUCUUUGUGCACAGUUCUGUGUGUGCUAACUCAGAAUAGAAUCCAGUUUAACUGUUUUAGUCUGGCAUGGAUAUUCAAUUUUCAGACUCUUCUAAUAUUAACAGAAGCUAGAUUUUUCAAAACUGACUGCUACUUUAUAAUAUGAAUGUAAAUGCAAAGCUAAAGAGCAAUAACCUGCUGACUGACGUAUCAUUCUGUUUCAGAUAUGGAACAGAUUAAUCGUUGUGUGCCUUAGUAACUAAGUUGGAAACUGUACAAAGUAUACUAAAACUAUUAUCAGUGUUCCAAAGAUUAACAAAGGAGGUUUGUCUGCAUUGCGAAUCUUUCUAUAGAUUCUGAUUUUUUCUGAUUUUAUAUAAGUACAGCAGUGUCAGGAAAGAAGUGGGCACUUUUCUAAAUGUGUAAACCACUGGUCUAUAUAUCAAAUAUGAUAUAGAAUAUAAGUAUCAGCGUUGAUCAGGAUUGAAUUUUUUUUUAAUUAUGCACCAGGAAAUCAUUUAUUGAAAUUGGAAGUGUAAUCAACAGCUGGAAGAUGAAGGAAACUGAGGUUUGUGGAAGCACCAAAGGCGUGUAUGCUGCUGUUCACCAUGAAACAUAACAGCAUUUCUCAAAGUUAUUCGUAUGCGCUUAUAAAAGACCUUGUGCUUCCAUUUAUAAGUAGGGUGUUAUUAGUCAUCAUACUUCAAAUAUAUCCUGUUUUUGUUUCCUUAGCUGACCAUCUUAGCUGACAUUGUAAUGUCUUUGUUUGUUUUAAUAAUUAUGUCUGAGGCAGAAUUUUCCAGCUAGAUACUUAACUGCAAGCAAUCAAAUUCUGCACUUCAACUAUUAUAUAACUGAAUAAAGAAAGGAGUCAGAUCUGUAAAAAGCAGCAGUAUUUAAAAAGAAGUAAUCAGUGUUAAUCUUCUCGAGGUUUGAUUAUAACCGGAAACAAACAUUUUCUUUAAAUUAGAUCUAAGAACAUCUGCAGAGAAUGUGUUUUGUUAUGAAAAGCUACUCCCAAAAUUAAACCUUCUUUAUUGAUAACCUGUGUAAUCUUAAACAGACGUUGUCCUUAGGAUCAACUAUUCUAGCACUGUUAUAGUUAUCUUCACCUGCUCAGAGGUGAAGAAACUGAAGGAUAAAAACCAGUAGGGAUUCACAUAAAUGAAUCACAUAACACCAGUGUUCUUAGUAAUGCAGGAGAGAAGAAAACAUUAUUUCCACUGAGGCAACAGCACCUCUGCAAAAAUUCCUGUAGGCAUCACAAUCAGAUCUAGUAGGCUACAUCAAGGUACAGCGCUACUCUGAAAGGAAACAUUUCUUUGGAGUACUUUCAAUAGUUCUGUUAAAGAGCAGGAUGUUACUCAGCUGUAGGAAAGUUAGUUUAUUUUAGGGAACUGGCAAUGUGCAUUAGCGUAACGCUUAAAGAUAUGCACAGUUCCUUUGCAAGAAUACUUUGAGGCUGUGAAAACAAAUAUUUUGUAUGGAUGGCAUAAGUUUUAGAAAUGUUUAUGUAAGCACCGAUUUUCCACUUAGCUCUCAUUAACCCGAGGCAUUUUGCAUAAUGACAGCUUUUGGAUAAUACUACCUCCAAGCAACAAAAUGUAGUUAGGUGGACAGUCACAUGCUGCAGGCCUUACAGUUGCAUUUGCAGAAUCAGGGCCAUAGGUACAUGCAUUAUUAGUAAGAACAAAUGUUGUCUAAUGUACUAACCCUAUGUAAUCACCUUCUGCAUGAGCAUUAUAUUAUAAUGUGGCUGAAAGGAUUGGUGAUAUAACCUUGGACAGCAUGCACUUCUGAAGCAUACUCAUGUAAGUUGUGCUUUUCAUUUAAAAACAAACCAAAAUACAUUUAAUGGUGACUUUAGAUUAAAAAAAAAAAAAGCUUUAAAAUAUAACUACUAAUCUUGGGGGGUAAAAACUAUUUAUAUACUGAGAUAGAUAAGAAGUGGGCACUUUUCUAAAUGUGUAAACCACUGGUCUAUAUAUCAAAUAUGAUAUAGAAUAUAAGGAAAGUUGUGUGAGAGACUUGGAACUCUGUAUUGACUGAUGUUUGUGAAUAGCAGGUGUUUAAAAAGACGGUAAGAAUGUUGAAACUGGGUUUGUUGAUGUCAGCUGUAUGAGACUGCAGGCAGCUUGUAUUUUGGUUAUUUGAAAUGAAACUGCAUUUUGGUGGUGGUAUAAGCUUUGUGAUUUUACACUUUUUCACUCUUGAGUAUUAAACAAUCAAAAUCAA